CAUCUGUCCGUCGCUCCCAACACUCUCAUAAAAAAUCAACGUGCUGGGUCGAGGCAGCGACGGAAAGAAGUGAAAAAGAAGGCGUAUCCUAUAUUUUCGGCAACCAACAUACAGUAAAACAAGUACGAACAAUUAAGAAAACGGUUAUCUUUCUUGACAUCGAUGGACAAUAAUUACACUCACGAAGAAGACGCUUCGCCAGCUGUUGCUGGGAUGAUGAUGGCUCAGGAUGUCGAUACGUGUGUUAGCACAGGGGGGCAUGGCGACGAAAACAGCAAAUCUAUUCCUUCCACCUCUGCGACGAUGUAUUCGAAAUGCAAGUCGCCGUAUUCCACUUCGGAGUUCUUCUUUCGGCUAUGGGAAAAUCGAUGGAUCCUCUUGCUUGGCCAGGUGCUGAGCCUGCUUCUCGCCAGCGGAGGAGCCGCACAGGCCACCCUGCACCUCCAGUGUGGACUCUCAGCCCCCACAUUUGCGAUGUCAUUAGUCUAUCUAGGGCUGUUUGCGAUCCAUUGCCCCUUACUUUGGUUCAGAAGAUGGCGUGAGAGCAAGUCGGAUGGGUUAUCGACUGUGGAAUCUGAAGAAGAAGUAGUAGUUUUUGACCAACAUGCAUAUAGCAAUUCAAACGUUGAUGCUAAUGGCCAUGCCAUCGCCAGUUAUUGCCGACCUGAACGGUCUGAGGAGAGACUUCCUAUCACUGUAGAACAUGGCGAAAAGGAUGCCGUCCACCCCAUACAUAGUCAGACUACUAAUGACAACAUCAGUAGCAUGAGGGUCAGCAAACCGCUGCUUAAAAAAACGUAUUUUUGGUACCUUCUCCUGGCCUUUUGCGAUACACAAGCCAAUGCACUAACCAUAUUGGCGUUUCGUUACACGACACUGACUUCGGUCACCCUAUUCGAUUCCCUAGCCAUUCCUUCCGCAAUGAUUCUAUCGAGUCUCUUCUUUCAAUCCACACGUCGGUACCAAGCUCUCCACUAUUUAGGGGUUUUCCUGUGCAUGGUCGGGGUGGUCUUUAAUGUCUUGCAGGAUUACAAGUCAGACAAUGAGAUCAUAGAAACAACCGAUUCAUCAUCCUACACCCACAAACUCCGCGGGGACGUCUGUGCAAUCGUCGGUGGCCUCCUAUAUGGUCUUAAUGACGUUCUCACUGAGGUCACCCUUAGCGAGACAAGGGACACGACAGAAUACCUCGGGAUGAUUGGGGCAUGUGGAUCCAUAAUUGCCAUACUGCAGGCAUUUGUGCUUGAACGGGUUGAGAUCCAGGGAUUCCUUAGUGAAACCGUUGGGAUUUCUGUUGACGGCGAUGAGUUGCGCGCUUGCUCUACCGCAGAGGCCAUGUGGCUGCUGGUCGCCUUUGUAGGCGUGACAAUUUGCAGCUACUUAGGGGCUUCCCGCUUUUUGAUGGUUUCGGAGGCCGCACUUUUUAAUCUUUCGCUACUGACCGGGGAUUUAUGGUCCGUGGUCUUCUCCGUGUUCGGUGAAAAAAUUGUCCCCCGCCCACUUUUCUUUUGCGCCCUGGCCGCAGUCCUAAGUGGUGUGGUCGUGUACGAGAUGGCCCCCUCACCGGCCCUCGAAAAAAGGCACGGAGGCAAACACAGCAACAAUAUCGUCAAGGAGUGCACCGAAGGUACUCCCAUAAGGAAAGAUGGAAUUUUCAGGGAAACGACUGAUGGUGGCGACGCGGAAGUGAUAUCUUCCGACUCUUUGGAGGAGUGCGGUGGAGACAGCAACACCUUGGAAAUUGAGCUGAAAGGGAUCGUUUCAUAAGCUGGCAGGCAUAUAGCGAUAAAUCUUGCUUUUUGCAGGAUGCGCCCUUUAUGAAGUACUACGAAAUGCUAAGUCGGCUACCAUCAAAAGGUCGUUGAUGUCACAGGGCCGAAUUUCGUGUUCAUGGGAUACCCCAAUGUAUUUGUCGAAAAUUCUUGAUUCUGUCAAGCACCGUUUCGGUUCUUCAUGCUAAUGGAUUCACAGUAAUAGUAUAUUGUCGGAUUUAACAUCAUGCUUCAACGACGUGAAUAGUACGAUGUAUCAGCCACUACUGUAAAUGGCUAUCAGUACUCUAAUUUAUUAUAGCUAUAGAAGGGGUUCUGACAGCUCCGUUAGGCCAUUCUCUUCUGUUGUGCUAAAUCCCGGACUGUGAUCAUCUGCCGCUUCGGCUUGGUCAGGCAGAGGUCCUUCCUCACCGUCUUCCUCCAACUCACUACCUUCCACGCGGGGAACAAGAGGCAGCAGGCAGCACCAGAUCCCAAGCGACACACUCUGAAAAACGGCUGUCAGCAAAAACGUGUGAGUGUAGUCAUACUUAUCCGCAAGCCAGCCGCCAAAGGCCGCCGAUCCGCACCAACCAAAGGAUGCCACGGAGUCUAGGGACUUCCACCGAGCUCGUUUGUCUUUCGGAACGAAAUCCAUCAGGAUUGAUUGUUGGAGUGGAUACGUUGCGUUCAUUAGACUGGUUCGCAUCACGUAAAUUGGCACCAAUAGAAACGGAUGGACGUCCAGGUAGUUUUUGAAAACCACCAUGGCUAGAAGGAGGGAAAUCCCGCCGACCUCGUAAAGUGCGGUGGUCUGGACUCGGCCCACACCGGCGUUGGCAAUCUUCGUGCAGAGCGAUCCCAUGACAAUCAUCACCAGCGGGACCAGAACAUAUGUUACUUGCACCUGUGAGGGUGACAUACCGAUCUCGUCCUUGAAAAAAAGUGGGAAGAAUUUCACAGUCAUUCCGCUGCCGAGGGAGGACACGAGUCCGGAAAAGAACACUAGAUAGGGGAUCCACUCUUGCCGCUUUUGGAGGGUCGUUGGGGUGGUAUCACGUUCGGAGGGCAAUCUCUGUUCUAUCCCUUCGUUCGACCAGUCAAACGAAGCAUCAUCACCAUCGUUCUCAUCGGUACUUUCGACUGUAUCUUGGUCUUCGUCCAAUGCUUUGCUGUCGUCAAAGAGCAUCAUCAACCAAGAAUUGAAUACUUCCAUUCCCAAUCCGGUAUAGAUGACAAGUCUCAGGUGGUAUAAAUCCCAUUCAUCUCCAAGGACCUGGAAGAGAACAAUGGAUACGAGAGGACCCACCGCAGAGGCCGAAAGGUAGCAUGCAAAUUGAUAGGUAAAAUACGUUGAUCGCUGGCCUUCAGGUGUCGAAUCGGCAUAUAGUGCCUGACAUGGCCCGUUUACGACUCCAUCUCCUAGUCCCCAAAGCACCAUUAUUGCUCCCAUGAGCCACAAUGCUGUAUUGUUCCUAUUGCUGUUUGAGUCUUCAUCGUCUUCAUUUUUAUCGAAAUCUGUACCCACCCAUUGUAAAAUCCCAAUCUGGAGGAUCGAGGUUGUGAAGAGCAACAUUCCGCCUGAACGAAUCACGAUCGAUUUCCCCAUCUUAUCGGCAAAAUAACCUAUGGGCAGCGCACAGACCAGCGAGGCAAGCCCCGAAACUGCCUCGAUGUUUCCCACUGGGCCGUUACCACCGUGGCCCAUCUUUUUCAGAAAGGCCAAAUAUGCCGUCCCGCUCCACAACGAGUUCGAGAUUCCGUAGAGGACUGACAGCAAUAAAUUCAAAAAGACGUU